AUGAAGCACUUCAUGAUGCCACGAAACGCCGUCUUGCGGGAAAUCGGAGAGCCGCAAUCGCCGAACCCCAGCCUGACGAAAUCGAAGUCCCAGAGGAAGCUGAGAUCCGCCAAAGAGAAUGCUCCGCCUCCGGAUCUGAACUCGUUGCUGCCUGAUUCUAGGUCUUCUCCGGCGAAAAUGAAGAGUCCGUUGCCUCCGCGUCCGCCGUCGGCUAAUCCUCUGAAACGGAAGCUUAUCGCGGAAGCUGCGGCGGAAAAUGGAGUAGUUGGGGCUUCAGACUCUGGUGUCAAGGUUAUAGUCAGAAUGAAGCCUCCAAGCAAAGGUGAGGAAGAGGAGAUGAUAGUUAAAAAGAUCUCCAACGAAGCUCUCACAAUCAAUGAACAUACUUUCACUUUCGACUCAAUUGCUGACCCGGAGUCAACACAGGAUGAAAUCUUUCAGCUUGUGGGAGCACCUCUUGUAGAAAACUGCCUGGCUGGAUUUAACAGUUCUGUGUUUGCCUAUGGACAGACUGGUAGUGGGAAAACGUAUACCAUGUGGGGACCUGCAAACGGAUUGUUGGAAGAGCACCUGAAUGGUGACCAAAGAGGUUUGACUCCGCGUGUGUUUGAACUGCUCUUCGCCCGUAUCAGUGAGGAGCAAGUGAAGCACGCUGAAAGGCAGCUGAAUUACCAGUGCCGCUGUUCAUUUCUCGAGAUAUACAACGAGCAAAUAACAGAUCUUUUGGAUCCAAGCCAGAAAAACCUGAUGAUUAGAGAAGAUGUCAAGUCGGGUGUCUACGUAGAAAAUUUGACUGAGGGAUACGUGAAAAACUUGAAGGAAUUGUCACAGCUUCUGAUUAAGGGCUUGGCAAACAGAAGGACUGGUGCAACAAGUGUAAAUGCAGAGAGUUCAAGGUCGCAUUGUGUAUUUACUUGUGUUGUUGAGUCCCACUGCAAGAGUGCUGCAGAUGGCCUAAGCAGCUUCAAAACAAGUAGAAUAAAUCUUGUUGAUCUGGCUGGUUCCGAAAGACAAAAAUCAACUGGUGCAGCUGGUGAUCGUUUGAAAGAAGCUGGGAAUAUCAAUCGAUCACUUUCUCAACUUGGGAAUUUGAUCAACAUUCUAGCAGAAAUUUCACAAACAGGGAAGCAAAGGCACAUACCCUACAGAGAUUCCAGGCUGACGUUUCUAUUGCAGGAGUCUCUUGGUGGGAAUGCAAAACUAGCUAUGGUUUGUGCAGUUUCUCCAUCGCAAAGUUGUAGGAGUGAAACCUUCAGUACCUUAAGAUUUGCUCAGCGUGCAAAGGCGAUACAGAACAAGGCAGUUGUGAAUGAAGUAAUGCAGGAUGAUGUGAAUUUCUUGCGGGAAGUGAUACGCCAGCUGAGGGACGAACUGCAAAGGGUGAAGGGUAAUGGAAACGAUCCAGCCAACCCAAAUGCAGCUUAUACCACUUCCUGGAAUGCGCGUAGAAGUAUGAGUUUGUUAAAAAGCUUUGGCCUGAGCCAUCCAAAGUCAUUAGCCCAUGGAGAUGAUGAUGGAGAUACUGAGAUGGAAAUCGAUGAGGAGGCUGUUGAAAGGCUUUGUGCUCAAAUAGGCUUGCAGUCAUCUCCACCUGCCGAGGAGAACAAUCAGGACAUGAACAGAGUAGAGAAAAUAGAUUCAUCCUUGCAAACUGUGGCCCUGAAGGAUGAAAAUCACAAAGACCUUAAGUCAUCUGUUGCCCAAUCUACUGAUACAGAUGUGAACAUGGAGGAUGCAAGUUGCCAAACUGAGAACCAUGGGGCAGCGACUACUGAUAAUGCGUUAACUGUGGAAGAAACUGGCGUCACAACAGCCGUGCAAACUAUGGAUCAUGGUUCUUGUAUUAGUGACACAAACCAUGACAAUUCACCUAGCGAGGAGGAGAAUGCUCCAUCAUGCCAAGACUUGGUUCCAGGAGCUCUUGUUUCUGAAAUUGCGUCAGUAGCUGAUGCUUCAAAUGGUACAGAAGACCUCUCAGUAAAUCCUUUGUCACCUUGCCUCAGCAUAGAUCCAGCAAGUGUUUCUCCUGUACUAAUAAUUCCCACUGAGAGCGUCUCUCCUAGGAUUAGAAAUAGCAGGAAAAGCUUGAGGACAUCAUCAAUGACCACUGCAUUACAGAAAGAUAUUGAGAAAGAGAACCAGUUACCUACAGAAGUUGUGGAACCUUCUCCGGCUAUGUCCACAGAGAUGUUAAACCUAUACGGUGCUUUGUCUGCGAAGAAAAGUGAAGCUUUUCCUGUGCCAACUAGGCAAUUGGCAGCUAGCCUCCACAAAGGCAUGAAACUUCUGGACUCUUAUCGCCAGAGUACAGCUCAAAGACGAUCCACAUUCGGGUUUUCCUACAAAGCUCUAGAUCAAUGCAAGCCUUCAACAGUUUUAAGUAAGGCUGAUGUUGGUGUGCAAACUUAUCCGGAAGCUGAUAUAAUAGCGGAAGAGAACCCAAAAGAAGUACUGUGCAGUAAAUGCAAGUGUGUAGCAGAGUGUGAUCCCCAAGAAACAAGUGACAUUUCAAAUCUUCAGUUGGUAACUAUUGACAACAACUCAGAAGUCUCAGAAAAGUCCAAUUUCCAAGUUCCUAAGGCAGUGGAAAAGGUUCUAGCAGGGUCUAUCAGAAGAGAAAUGGCUCUGGAAGAGUUCUGCACUAAGCAAGCCUCUGAAAUAUCACAGCUUAAUCGUCUGGUGAAACAAUACAAACAUGAAAGAGAGUGCAAUGCCAUCAUAGGACAAACAAGAGAGGACAAGAUUGUUCGCCUCGAAAGCCUCAUGGAUGGCGUUUUAUCCAAAGACGAUUUUCUGGACGAAGAAUUUGCAUCUCUCAUGCAUGAGCAUAAGCUUCUGAAGGACAUGUAUGAGAACCACCCUGAAGUAUUGCAGACGAGGAUCGAGUUGAAACGUGCGCAAGAAGAGCUCGAGAGUUUCAAGAACUUCUACGGUGACAUGGGAGAAAGGGAAGUGUUACUGGAAGAGAUUCAAGAUUUAAAGGAGCAUCUACAAUGUUACACCGACACUUCUCUUACAUCAUCUCGGAAAAGAGGCUCUCUCCUUAAGCUGACAUACACUUGCGACACUAAUCAGGCUCCUCCACCACCACUUGAUUCCAUUCCUGAGUCAACAGACGAGAGUCCUGAGAAGACAUUAGAACAAGAAAGACUUCGCUGGACUGAAGCAGAGAGCAACUGGAUCUCUCUAGCUGAGGAACUAAGAACAGAGCUCGACACCAAUAGGAAGCUAAUGGAAAAGCAGAAACGUGAACUUGAUACCGAGAGAAGAUGCACUGAAGAGUUGACUGAAGCGAUGCAGAUGGCGAUGAAGGGUCAUGCAAGGAUGAUCGAACAAUACGCAGACUUGGAGGAGAAGCAUAUACAGUUGCUUGCAAGACACAGGAGGAUCAGAGAAGGAAUCGACGAUGUUAAAAAAGCAGCAGCCAGAGCAGGAGUCAAAGGAGCAGAGUCAAGAUUCAUUAACGCACUCGCAGCAGAAAUCUCCGCUCUGAAAGUGCAGAGAGAGAAGGAAGCGCAAUACUUUAGAGACGAGAACAAGAGUCUCCAGUCACAACUUAGAGAUACAGCUGAAGCUGUUCACGCAGCUGGAGAGUUGCUUGUUCGACUUAAGGAAGCUGAAGAAGGAUUGAAAAUUGCACAGAAAAGGGCAAUGGAUGCAGAGCGUGAAGCAUCAGAAGCGUAUAAACAGAUUGAUAAACUGAAGAGGGAAGACGAAACCGGAAUCAGAACUGUUAACCAACAAGAAGAAGACAUUGUAGUAGAGCCACACAAUCCCGGAGAGUCUUUACAAGGUGCUUCUUUUGAUGGUGAUGUGAUGGCUUCAUGUGAUGAGCCAGCGUCGGUUAGUUCAGGUGAUCAGCAAUGGAGAGAAGAGUUCGAGCCAUUUUACGAGAAAGAUGCAGAGUUGUCAAAGAUCGCUGAGCCUUCUUGGUUCUCUGGGUAUGACCGAUGCAACAUUUGA